CAAAAUGUGUGCGACGCGCGCCAUCUUGAUGAUGUUGAUCGUUGGGUCGUACCAAUACAAUGGUACCAUUUAUGACCGGGUGAUGCAAGAAGGCGCAUUUUCGGGCUACAGGAAGAUGAUCACAUCCAAUACCAUAGCAACACAGAAUUUGAUUAACGGGAGUGUGACUUUCAUCGCGCCCGAAGACCCAGCAUUCAAUGGGUACGACUGGAAGACUGGAAAGCACUUAGUUUUGUACCAUGUAAUCAACCAUCCUUACACCUUGAAACAGUUGGUGGAGAAUGGGUCCGGACCCAUUGCGAGCGCCCAGGAAGAUAACCCACCACUAUGGGUAAGCGUGUCGGAGGAUGGGUACUACCUCAACAACGCCAAAAUCGUACAAAACAAGUCAGACUAUGUGGCGAACUGUAAAACCGUGCAGAGUUUCAAACAGGUACUACACGUUGUCGAUCGAGUGUUGGACCCAAAGUUUCAAACCCCUUUUGCUAACCCAUCGGCGCUGGAUUUUCUGCAAAACUACCAACACUGGAGGCUAAGAGGGCGGAAAGUGUCCCACUUCUUCGAAAAGGUACUCCUCCACCAGAAAGAAGAUCUGUUUCGGAAGACAGGUGGACACACUUUUUUUAUUCCCGUGGAUUAUGAAGAGUACGACCGUCGUCUAGAAGACGUGGAUGGGUAUCGGAUCGACGGUCAUGUGGUACCCAAUCUGGUACUCUUCACCAGACCCUCACGGAAGAACUUCGUCUACCAAACCUCUUGCAACGGUGACGAUAUCCACAUAGUAGUGAUUUUAUUGUCACUAAAGAACAAACUUUUCGUCAGAAGCUACACAGUCCAUGGAGAUGGUGACCACCCGAAAGGGGAAGUUCUUGCGGAGAUUGUUCAAGCUGACAUUCCAGUGACCAAUGGUGUUGUUCACUUGAUUUCGAGACCUUUGGCUAUCGCCAAAACCCCCCGACUUUUCCCGUACCUUUCCGUUUUGUACAAAGUCACUUCUGACCCUUUUCUUAACACUACCUUCCACAUUGGGGAAAAAGGGCCAAUCAACCAAAUCCUCGAACUCGAGAAUAAUGUCUUCACGUACUUCGCCCCUAGGGACCAAUCCUGGUCGGAGUACCUCGGGUACUCCGACGACGAACUGGUGGAGGUGCUAUCCAGACAUGUGGUGGUCUCCACCGGCCGCCACACCAUGUCAAGUCUGGCCGCUUCCAGUGCCAGGAACAACGGUACCACCUUGGAGAGCCUGGCCGGAACCCUCGACCUCCAAAUCCUCCACACUAACAACACCUUCUUCGUCGUGUACGGCGACAAACCCAUCCGGGUCUCCCGCGCCGACUACCAUUGCAGCGACGGGAUCGUGCACGUCAUCGACGGCGUCUUCGCCGCCCCCAAGCCGCCCCCGGAAAGCCCAUUUGGGGAUCGUUGAAGACCAUGGUCACGUGAGCGCCCUUCAAUCGCCGAUCGCCGCCGCUGCCAAAAACUAUUUCGCUGCCAGUUGCGACGCGUUAUUCGCCUGAUUUAGUACCGCUUGAUGUAUUGUUUUUUUGUUAUUGAGUUGCGUAACUGCUAAUUACUGUGCAAUUGUAAGUAAAGAU